AUGUGGCCGUCUCCCCCGAAUCCAACUGCCGAGAAAAACAAAAAUGGCAGCCAACACCAACCAGAAGAAAUCAUACAUCGUCGUAGAAGGAGCAGUCUACUGCCAGGACUGCAAGUACGCCGGCUGGUCGUCGUCCUUGACCGACGCCACGUCUGUCUCAUCAGCUGGUGUCGGCGUCAGUUGCACAUGAUGAAUUCCGGCGGCCAAGGGAGCGUCUACCAGACCAAUCGGACCGACGAACACGGCUACUUCUACACGUGGCUCGAUGGGAAAAUAAUCUUCUAA